AUGCACAAACCUCCGACCUCCACCUCUCUUCUCCGGCUGCCGUACUCUUGUCACAUCCGCGACCGCGCACACCCGAGUGCUGCAUCUUUCGGUCUGCCCGCGGCUGUGAUCGCCAGACUCCUCGAUAUCCAGCACCAAAAUGUUGCUGCCAGCAUGAUGGCUCAAGUCCCAAGUGACUCCAACGAUGUCGGCAUCAGCCUGCCAAGCCAUGCGUUAGGCUCACCAGCUUCUGCCGCUCUUCAGAUCAUGUCCGAUCUGCACUUCGAGACACCCAAGUUCCUGCCCAUGUACAACGAAUUUCAAAUCGAACCGAGGGCAAAAUAUCCAGCCUUGCUAGGUGAUAUCGGCAUCGCUGGUGACGACAGCCUGUUCGACUUCGUGACCCGGCAGCUGAGCCAAUUCGAGGUCGUCUUCUACGUGCUUGGGAACCACGAGCCGUACCCCAGCAGAUGUGAGGAUGCCGUGGCAAGAAUGGAGGCCUUCGAGAGAUUAAUUGCAUCCAGGAAAGUACUUGAACAACAACAGAACGAAAACGGUCACUUUAGCCUCGGCCGAUUCGUCUUCUUGAACCGCAGACGAUUUGACCUUUUGUCCAAAGUGACAAUCCUGGGCUGCACGCUCUUCUCUCAUAUAUCCGACGAACAGCGCAGCACAGUGAGCCUGUUCGUCUCUGACUUUUCCAACUUCGCGGACUGGUCCGUCGACAGACACAAUGCCGCGCACCAGGCCGACCUUGACUGGCUCAACGCCGAGGUCGAGACCAUCGCCAGGGACGAGCCGCAACGCAGCAUCGUUGUGCUCACCCACUACAGCCCGACGGCCGCCCCGGAAGCCAACGACCCGGAGCAUGUGGAAGACUCGCGAGGCGUGCAGUCCGCCUUCGUCACGGACCUCCAGAAGGAGCCAUGCUGGAUGUCGACCUCGGUCAAGGUCUGGGCAUUUGGACAUACGCACUACAACUGCGACUUUUUCGACGGCACGACGGGGAAGCUGGUUGUCGCGAACCAGAGAGGGUAUGGGCGGGAGGACAUUUUCAAUUUUGAUAGUGAGAAGACCAUCGGCAUCGUGUGA